AUUAAACAAUAACAUUUGAAAAUUGCUUACAUGAUUUCACUGUGUUUAUUUUUUUCCUAAACGCUAAACUAUUUAUAAAUUAAAUCUGCAGAAAACUUGUUUCCUAACAUACUUUUCAGAGUGCGAAUACACAAAUUAUCAGUGUAUACCAUGGAAAUAUUGCAACAAUUGCAGGUCGACAUUAAUCGUUACUUGCGAGAUAAAUUCAAACAAGAAGCGGCGUACUUCAAGUUCCAAAACAAACUACUGAAAGGAAACGGUGACAUCGUGGCUAAGUUUGCUAAUCGUUUAGAAGAUCCAGAAUAUGGAUUUCAGGAUUCAAGCAAUGACACAACGCAAUGGGUUGUACCCGUUCAAAGUAUGAAGCUUACCAGUAUUUCGGUUACGUUCUUCAUCAAUCGGGAAAAGGCCUAUCAGCAGUUCAUAAUGGGAGUCAUUCUCAAAGGGUUUCCCUUAGCUGGAGCUAACGGCAAACAGAUUUGUCUCAAGUGUGAUACGGAAGAACUCAAUCUGGAGCGUCACACGUUAUCUGACUUUAGGAUACUGUCCAUUCAUAAAGUUAUACGCAAUAUACUAAUGAUUGAUGGAUACAAUGUUUCGGAUGCUGCCACACAAACAGUGAGAAUUGGUCGAAAUCCCUUCAAAAAGUCGGACAAUAGCAUAGAUAUUUUAUGUGGUCCUGUUCUAACGAAUGGAUUAACAGCUGCUGAAUAUAUAAGUAAGCGUUCUAAUGAUAUGCAAUUGAUCGCGCAACAUAAGUAUGGUAUCAGGGUGAAGGAUAGUCAAAAGCUCAAAAGUCUAGUUGCAAGUCUGGGAAGAUCAGCUGCUAUAGUGGACAUGCUUGAAUCGAAAGCUUCCAGCCCAAUAGAUUUAAGGAAGGACAAAAAUGCGUCUAGCAAAGGAGCCUCAUUCAUCCUAUACAACUAUGCCCGGCUUGCGAUUCUAUUCAGAACAUUCGAAGAAAAGACACGGUCUGGGUACUAUCCUGAUUCCCCUGACCUUAGCCAAGUGGAUUUCAGUUUACUGAGCGAAGAGGAUGAAUGGCAAUUAUUUUGGGUGUAUGUCGUGGGUUUUCCGAACAUGUUGAAACAGGCUCUAGGUGGCGAACAAUUAGCGCAUUUAUCACCUCACUUAGUUUUGAAUUUUACGUCGGGGCUGGUGAUAUGUCUCAGUAGAUACUAUAGACGAGUUCGUAUAUUAACGGAAAAUCGUGAUCAUCUAUUGCCAACCUUAUUUGCAAGAAUCGGUUUACUGAAAUCGGUUUUUCAAGUGUUGUCUAAACUUCUGCAUCUCCUGGACUUAGAAGCAAUCGAACAGAUGUAGCGAAUAUGAUUACACACUAACUUAUCGAUUACUCAAUUUGUGAUAUUUAAGAUAAUAUGCAAUAAAAACAAUCCGAGCUCUUUAAAAU